AUGGAAGAGUCGGGCAAGGAGCAGUCGCCAAACUCAAGCUCCUCCCAGUCUCAGUACAGGGGCGUGAGGAAGAGGAAAUGGGGCAAGUGGGUGUCGGAGAUCCGGCAGCCCGGCACCAAGACCCGCAUUUGGCUCGGCAGCUUCGAGUCGGCCGAGAUGGCCGCGGUGGCGCACGACGUGGCGGCGCUGCGGCUGCGCGGCCGGGACGCGCAGCUCAACUUCCCGGGGUCGGUGGACCGGCUGCCCCGGCCGGCGAGCUCGCACCCGGACGACGUCCGCGCCGCGGCGGCGGAGGCGGCCGAGCUCGUGCGGGGCGAGCCAGCACUGGUGGCGCGGGGGGCAGCCGAGUGCCCCGGGUGGGAGCUGGUGGACGGGAGGGGGAGCGACGAGGAGUUCGAGGUGGACUCGCCCAGGCUAUGGGCCGAGAUGGCGGAGGCCAUGCUGCUGGAGCCGCCAGCAUGGGCCACGGGCGCCAGCGAGAUGGACCAGGCCGCGCACUGCUGGUCGCACGGGUCCCUCUGGGACGCCUACUAA